GUGGUGGCCAUACACAUCAAUUGAUAAUCAGCAAUCGUUGAUUUUUCAUCACACAUUCACUAACAUAUACCUCUCAUUCCCUGAAUUCAGGAAUCAGAAACCCUAACCUAAAGGAGAGGAUCAUUGUAAACAAUGGCAGAGCCAGAGGCUAUUCUCAACGGCGUUGCAUCAACUGAAACAGCGAAUCAGACGGCGGAGAGUUUCUACGAUCUGGAUCAAGACAACAAAAUAGCUGAACUGUCGAUAAAAACGGAAGCUCUGGAGAAAGAGAACCGAGAAAUGAAGGAGAGAAUUAAAAAACUAAAUAUUGAUAUUGAAGGAUCUGAAGAGGAUCAGAAAGUUUUCGAAUCAAUUGCUGCUCGAGCUUUGGAAUUGGAAACUGAGGUUGCCAGACUUCAACAUGAACUAAUCACGGUGACGAGCGAAGGGGAUGAAGCGAGUGUUGAGGCGGCAGAGUUGAAGAAGAGUUUGGAAGAAAAGGGAGUGAAAUUGGAGGUAUUAGAGAAAGAAAUUGAUGGUUUGAAGACUGAGAAAGCUGAUAAUGAGAAGAAAGUGAGGGAGUUGGAAAGAAAAUUUGGGACUCUGGAAGUGAGGGAAUUGGAAGAGAAGAAUAAAAGGGUGAGAGUUGAGGAGGAAAUGAGGGAAAAAAUUAAUGAGAAAGAAAGGGAACUCAGUGGGUUUAAGAAGAAAGUCAAUGAUUUGGAGUCUGAAUUGGAUAUUAUUAAGGUUGAAAGGAAGUCAGUGGAAGAAAGUUUGAAGGAAACUGAAAGCAAAUCCAAGGAAAUGGAGGUCAAGAUUUCUGAGUUGGAGGAAGAAAUUGAGGAGGCGAAGACCCUUAUUAGUGGACUGAAGGAGAAUAAGUUGGACGGUUUUAAUGGGAAUGUGAGGGAUUUCAAACUCUCUGUUGAUGAUGGACGGAAGAGUUUAAACAUGCAAUGGCCGGUUGUGGCUGCGACUGCUUCUGUUGUUGCCGUUGCUGUGGUUGGUGUUUGCUAUGCGCGGCGGAGAUGAUUGCAUAUAUGGGUCGCGGGGGAAUUUCUGUAUGGACAGCACCAAUUAGGUGGCUUAGUUGCCCUGUUUUCUGUAUUUUUCAUGCAGCGAAGUAGCAUAUAUUGGAUUUUAUAGUUUAUGCGUAUAUUGUCCGGACGGCUUGGAGAAGUUUAUCUUGCCAUCAAAGAGAAACCAGUCCUUGCCCAAUAAGAAAAGAACUAAUUGCAUUUCACUGUUGUUUAACCGUCUACCACUGUUACACACCAGAUGCUUUGAUGGGCACACUUUUUUCAUGAGGUCCGUCUUUUGGAUCAUGUUUGAGACCUAUACGCUGGAGGUGGAUUUGCUAGGGAAGCAAUUUGUUUCUUUGAUUUUCUAGUUCACUAGCUCAAAUUUACUAUUUUUCAGAACCACGGUGUUUUGUCCUUUCAACUAGAUUUUAGAUGUUCAUCUUCCAAUCAAUAUAGAUACAGUUGAAUAGCUCUAUGUUGGUUCUGAUGGUAGUUGGCAAAUGUUCUCUA